CUUGCAGUCCAUGGGAAACAUAUCCACAACUAAAGCCUGGAACAGCUCGUCAGUGUCCAUGUUCAUCUUCCUAGGGUUUGCAGACCAUCCAGAACUCCAGGCCCUCCUCUUUGUGACCUUCCUGGGAAUCUAUCUCCUGACCCUGGCCUGGAACCUGGCCCUCAUCUUUCUGAUCAGAAGUGACACCCGUCUGCACACACCCAUGUAUUUCUUCCUCAGCAACUUGUCCUUCGUUGACAUCUGCUACUCUUCCGCAGUGGCUCCUAAGAUGCUCACUGACUUCUUCCAGAAGCAGAAGACCAUAUCAUUCUUGGGCUGUGCUGCUCAGUUCUUUUUCUUUGUCGGCAUGGGUCUAACUGAGUGCUUUCUCCUGGCUGCUAUGGCAUACGAUCGAUACACAGCCAUCUCCAGCCCUCUGCUCUACACUGCCAUCAUGUCCCAGGGCCUCUGUACACGCAUGGUGGUUGGGGCAUAUGUUGGUGGCUUUCUGAGCUCCCUGAUCCAGGCCAGCUCAAUAUUUCAGCUCCACUUCUGUGGACCCAACAUCAUCAACCAUUUCUUCUGUGACCUCCCACCAGUCCUGGCACUUUCUUGCUCUGACAUCUUCCCCAUUCAAGUGGUGAAUUUCAUCGUAGUGCUCACUGUUGGGGGAACAUCAUUCCUCAUCCUCAUCAUCUCCUACAGUUACAUAGUGGCUGCUGUCUUGAAGAUCCACUCAGUUGAAGGCCAAGGGAAAGCCUUCAACACAUGUGCCUCACACUUGAUGGUGGUGACUCUGCUAUUUGGGACAGCCCUUUGCAUGUACCUGCGACCCAGAUCUAGCUACUCCCUUGGCAGGGACAAGGUGGUAUCUGUGUUCUAUUCUCUGGUGAUCCCCAUGCUGAACCCUCUCAUCUACAGUUUGAGGAACAAAGAGAUCAAAGAUGCCCUGUGGAAGGAGUUGGAGAAGAAAAAAGUGUUUUCCUAGUUCCUGAUUGAAAACAUAUUUCUUUAAACUGCCAGAGACAUAAAUGACCCAUGGUAUCUACCUCCACCUCUGG